UCAACACUACUUAUCGAUAACAGCGAGAAGUGCAUUAUUGCUUCCGUGCAAAUUGUAUUGUUAAAUUUAAGUUUUUGUUUAAAAGACAAAAUGGCCUUGGCCAAUGUGCUGCAGCUGAGCCAGAUCGCUGGCCAUGUCAUCCUGUUCAUCCUGUCGCUGUGCAUCAUUGUGCCAUUGUUUAUCAACCUCGACCAAUUCUGUGGACACUGUCUCCUCUUCACGACUGGCAAAUGGCGGGAGGAGGAUGGCAUGUUCGAUGUCCAGUGGGCCUCUAGUGGCUUCUGCAACUUCCCUCUGAUUACCGGAUUCUUCCUACUCAUCAUUUCGGUGGUGCAGAUAUACAGAUAUGCCCGCAUGAAGGAGGAGGCCUCGUUCAUAGCCCUCUUCGUUGAUGUCGUCUUGGGCAUCUGGAUGCUGGCCAUGUCUAUCCUGUCGGCUAUAUUUAUUACCCUGGGUUUCAUUGUUUGGUGCGAUGGCAUGACCCAGAGAUUCCCGUCCUGCGCUAUUUCUGCGGGCCAGAACAUUAUCCGCGGCGACACGGAGAAGAUUAACACCUCGGGAUUCUACAUCGAAAUGGGCACCACACAGUUUGGAGCCUGGGGCUCAUUCGCUAUUUCCGUGGGAAUCGGCGUCAUCGCCCUGCUGAAACUUAUCGACAACCACCAGGUGCGCAACAUCAAGGUUUCCAUGUACUUGGAGCGCCAGCGGUUGGUGAAUCAGCAGCAGUACGAUGGCAGGUCAACCCCCCCAAUCGUCUCGAACGCCUCAUCCGAUUCGGAGCAGAACAAAUAGUUGACGUUUGUGACCAGCCAGCAGUUUGUAAUUCUCUAUGUAUUUCUCAUCAUGUGCGUUGUAAUCAUUUUUUGUCAUUUGGCUCUCGUCUUUAUCAUCGAGGCAGAAACACGGCAGCACACCCUAUAUAUGUAGUGAAGCUCGAAACUAACUUACGAUAUUAGCCCUAGAUUAAAUGCAAUUUACGUGAUAUGUAUUGUAUAUAUAUUUAAUUGAUUAUUCCACGUUACAAAUAUAGUAAAAAUACAAUUAUUAUUAA